GACAACAUCCCAGUGGCUGCUCCGGUGGCCGUCGACUCUCCCGAGGUGCAAUGCAACUUGCGCAUAUCACACAAUGCCAUACACGUGCAAGAUUGCGCCAUUGAUAACAGCUCCAAGGUGGAAAGACUGUCAAUCCUGACCAUGGCGCAAGACUUCCUGGUGUUGACAACAUUGCUACAAACUGCAACCCUGGCGAGUAAGAGGCCGGGAACGCUGACGUUGUGGUUGAGGAUCGGCCUGGCUCUAUAUAAACCUCUCCCACAUGUUACGUCCGCGGAGAUGCAAACUGUGUCUCAGGCGGUCCUACCCAGCACAUCUUCCAUCUUGGUUUCCGGCCUGCCGGAACGCUGCCGUCAACAUGACUCCCACCAACCACGACUCCAAAGACACAAAGGAGGUGGCCUCUCCGUCGCCAAAGAUCUUUGCUGACGAGAAGAAGACGGAUACGGGCCUCAGCAGCUCAGACUCUGGUUCAGUCUCCCAAGAGUCACUCGUUGAUACUGAUGGUUAUGGCUCAACCAACGAUCACAUCUUUUCUGAUCCGGCUGUGGCGGAUCACUGGCGCACCACAUACGAAAAUGUAAAUUAUGAGAACAGACAUCGCUUCGACCCCAGCUUUACCUGGUCGGCCGAGGAGGAGCGGAAGCUGGUCAAGAAGAUUGACCGUAGAAUCAUGCUUUGGGCAUGGAUCAUGUUUUGUGGUCUCGAUUUGCAUCGUCGAAACAUCAACCGCGCCAUUACGGAUAGGAUGCUGGAAGAGAUUGGCAUGGACACGAACGACUUCAAUUACGGCCAGACCUUGUUCUUGGCGUCUUUCUUGGUGGCAGAACUUCCAUCUGGGCUCAUCAGCAAGAGGGUCGGUGCUGACCGUUGGAUUCCCUUCCUCAUCUGCAGCUGGUCCAUUGUGGCUGGCUCGCAGGCGUUCCUCAAGACCAAGGCUGGAUUUUAUGUCAUUAAGGUGUUAUUGGGCUUCCUGAUGGGCGGGUUCAUCCCCGACAUCGUGCUGUGGCUCACCUACUUCUUCAAGUCCAACGAACUGCCCACCCGUCUCGCCUGGUUCUGGACGGCCCUCAGCACGGUGAACAUUGUCGGUUCUCUUCUCGCUGCUGGCAUCCUUAAGAUGCGAGGAAUUGGUGGCUGGAGUGGUUGGCAGUGGCUCUUUCUGCUCGAAGGCAUCGUGACACUCCUUAUCGGCACCUUUUCGUGGGUUCUCAUGCCCCCCGGACCCUGUCAAACCCGUAACUGGUUCCGGGGCAAAGACGGCUGGUUUUCAGACCGCGAGGAAUCCAUCAUUGUGAAUCGGCUGCUCCGCGAUGACCCCUCCAAGGGCGACAUGAACAAUCGCCAGGGUGUUGGUCUUGUCCUCCUCUGGAAGACCAUCAAGGACUGGGAGAUGUGGCCGUUGUAUCUCAUUGGUUUGACCACCUACAUCCCCCCCUCGCCCCUCAACACCUAUAUGUCCUUCAUUUUGCGACAAAUGGGCUUUGGCGUCUUUGAAGCCAACUUGAUGGCCAUUCCGGCUCAGUUCAUGUUUGCCGUCAACUUGCUCAUCAUCACUUGGGUGUCCAAGCGAUUCAAAGAGAGGUCAAUCGUCUCCUCCAUCAGCAACAUUUGGAUGUUUCCCUUCUUCGUGGCCUUGGUCGCAUAUCCGAAUGCUUCUCCAUGGGCUCGCUAUGGAAUCAUGACUGGUCUUUUGUCCUACCCUUACUGCCACGCCAUUCUGGUCGGCUGGAACGCACGCAACAGCAACGCGGUCCGGACAAGAGCCGUGUCGGCUGCCCUUUACAAUAUGUUUGUCCAGAGCGGCAACAUCCUCGCCAGCAACAUUUACCGUGACGAGGAUAGGCCGUUUUACGUUCGUGGAAACCGGAUUCUGCUUGGUAUUGUCUGUUACAACAUUGUGCAGUUUUACUUUGUCAAAGCCUUUUACAUCUGGAGGAACAAGCUGAGGGACGCCAAAUGGAAUGAGCUCACACCGGAGCAACAGGAGGAUUAUACUCUCAACAGCGAGGACGAGGGCCUGAAAAGACUGGAUUUCCGGUUUGCUCACUGA